GGCUUGCUAGAAGAAUGUAAGUGGGGUCUGUUCUGUUCCUGUACCUUAAAAGGAGAGUCCAGUUAAGUUAGCUUGCAGUUGAAAGCAGGUUUAAAACAAACUUAAGGAAGCAUUUCUUCUCACAGCACAGCGUCAGUCUGUGGAAUUCAUUGACAAUGGGAUACUGCGGAAGCCAAAGGAGUAACUGGGUCCAAAGAGAAUUAGACAGGCACUCAGGUGUCAGCUACCGUUACAGCAGUGUGAGGAAGCACUGGGGAGCAGGAAGAGAGCACAUGAACCUACAAUGAGUCAUACUCAAGAAACAGGCGCCAAAUUCAAGCUUGUAUCGUGGGAAGAGAAGCUCUUUUUGUAAAUCCAGCGGGGAAAAGAAAAAAAUUCCAUAAGACUAAAAGCUUAAAAGCAUCUCCAAGAUGUGUUUGCUCACGCUGCUCUGGAUACACAGCUUGUUUAGAGCUCUGUUUACAGGUGCCAAUGAAGUAGUGAGAUGUGAGAGAGUUCCUGCAGCAGCCAUAGGUGAAGAUGUGACCCUGAAAUGUCAAUUUACACACCCUGACGAUGUUUUACAAGUCACAUGGCAGAAGCUGGAAGGCUCGUCAUACAAAAACAUAGCUACCUACAGCAAGGCACAUGGAAUCAGGUUCAUAGGGCCUGUCAACAAGAAAGUUUGCUUUAACGAUACAAGCCUGAGAGCAUCAUCCAUCACGCUACGUGAUAUAGGACUAGAGGAUGAAACCUGUUAUAAGUGCAUCUUCAAUGCAUUUCCACGCGGCUCUGUUAGCUCAGAAACUUGCUUCGUUGUGCAAUCAAUUCCUGCAGUGAGAACUGAACUCCAUUCGCACACGGAGUUCUUCACUGCAGCCUGCUCAGUGACAGCAAAACCUGCCCCAGAAAUUUCAUGGGAGCCUCAUGAUGUUCUGAUUGGCCAGCCUGAGAUACACAGGGUCCAGAACGUAAAUGGAACAGUAACAGUGACAAGUGUAUGUAACGUGUCUAUGAUGACCCUGCAAUCAAAAAACAUCAAGGCCUUCACUUGUAUAGUAAACCAUACUAUGGGAAGGCAAGAGAAGAUAUUUUACUCAUCAGAAAAAUAUGAAAAAUAUGAAGCAUCUGAUGAGGAGAGCAGAACGUGUAUCUGGGAAGUACUUUGCAUAUUUUCUUUUAUUCUGAUUGCCAUAGGACUCAUCAUUAGCUUUGUGGUAUCAAGGAAAAGAAAAUGGAUUAAAGUACAUCUGCCUGCCUGUGUGUAUUUCUGUAAGUCAGUUUAUUCAAGAACUCCUAUUAAAAGACAAAAGAGUAGCAGCAUGCUCAGCACUCCUGCAGAGAAAAAGCAUUUGAACCAAGAUGGAGAAGACAGAUGCCAGCCCCCACCAACGCCUAAGAGCCAGAGCAUUUCCUAUCUAAAUGAGCAGGAAAACCAAGGAAGUUCUUGCAUUAAGAGAAAAACAAAAAAGGAGAGUCCUGCAAUGGUACGCAGAUCAAUGUUCCAAGAAGAAGGAGGAAAGAAUGAGGAAAGCAAUCUGAAUAAUUCACUUAUGGAAGGGAUUAAAGAGAUGAAUGACUAAAUUUUUAAAAAUUAGAGAGAGGGUACAAUUUCACUGUUGAAAAUGAAAAAGUGGGGAAGUCAAUGUCCCUAACUCAGCAUUCAAACCAGCCACAAAGAAGAACUUUUUCAAAGCACUGGGCAGUAUUAUAGAGAGACACCCCAUCUACAACAUGAUUUAGACACAAAAAUAGCUGAAAGGGGACAUUUUCCCUCGCCUUUGUUUAUGGUGUCUAAAAGUUACAUGUCUCUUCAGACAAUCCACUUGGUCCAAGACUUGUAGAUGGAAAACAUGUAGAUGGGAAUGGAGGGAAAAUGGAUCACACACUUUCCCUUCUCACCAUCCCCACACAAAUAAUAGCUGUGACUAGAACUGUACGAAUAAUGGAUUUCUUGAUUUGUUGGCAAUUCCAAGAAAUUGAAAAAUAUAUUAUUUGGAUCAAACUGAAAACAUUAAAAAAAAUUCUCAGCAAACCUAGGUUGUUUCAUUUUGGGGUCAAGCUAAAUGUUUUGGCUGAGCACUCCUAUGUUUGAUAUUUUAAAUCAAAUUUAAAAUAAAUUUUGAAACAAAAAUAUUUUUCCAGUUGGAAAUAUCAAAAUGUUUCAGUUUUUGAAAGCCAUUUUUACUCUUUUGAAAACCAAUUUUCCCAAUUCAGCAAAAUUCAUGCAAUUCCUCAAAGUUUUGGUGUGUCUAAAUCUUUUUUUCUCUAUAGAUAAAGUUUGAUUUUAAAAGGUUUUCUAUGUUGUAGCUGUGACACCUGAUACAUGGAAAUUUCCAUUUAACUGUAUCCCUUUUACACUCUGCAGUUUACUUGGUACCCAGUACUUCAGGAAGAUGGAAAAAUGUACUUAUGUCAGGUGAAUACAAUGAAGAGAAAUUGUAAAAAUGCAGUUUUUAAAUCUCUCACCAUCUUCUUGUAAACUUUCUCCUCUGCUUUACUUUCAAUUUUUCUGUGUACAGGGCUACUUUGCCAACCGCAUCUAUUCUGCAAUCAAAGAAUUAAAACAUUUACUCUUAGAAA